AUGGACGCGGCCAACGGGGCCGUGCCCGAGGGCGCGGCGGAGCAGCCCCGCGGCCCCGCGGCCGCCCCGUCGGGCAGGAAGGAGGUGAAGGUGGUGAUCGUGGGCGACGGAGGCUGCGGGAAGACGUCGCUGCUGAUGGUGUACGCCAAGGGCUCCUUCCCCGAGCAAUACGCGCCCUCUGUUUUUGAGAAGUACACGACGAGUGUGACGGUGGGGAAGAAGGAGGUCACCCUGAACCUGUACGACACCGCAGGGCAGGAGGACUACGACCGGCUGCGGCCCCUUUCCUACCAGAACACCAACGUGGUGUUAAUUUGUUACGAUGUCAUGAACCCCACCAGCUAUGAUAAUGUAGCAGCCAAGUGGUACCCUGAGGUGAAUCACUUCUGCCGGGGCGUCCCGCUGGUGCUGAUCGGCUGCAAGACCGACCUGCGCAAGGACAAGGAGCAGCUGCGCCGCCUCAGGGCUGCCAGGCAGGAGCCCAUCACCUACAACCAGGGUGAGGCAGCUUGCAAGGAGAUUAAUGCACAAAUUUACCUGGAAUGCUCAGCAAAAUGUCGUGAGAACAUAGAAAAUGUUUUUAAAGAAGCCACAACCAUUGCACUGAGUGCCAUGAAGAAAGCCAAGGGCCACAGGAAACGGAAAGUGUGCUCAGUGUUAUGAUCUGGACUGCACGAGAGCCAAGUGAUUCAGAUUUCAUACAAGUUUCACUUUAAAAACUUUUUUGAAAACAUGUUUGUAUUCCUAGGAUAAUUUUUAUUUUGAAAUUUUAAUUAUUUUUAGUAUUUUUGCACUUUUGUUAUACUGUUCUCACAGAAUUUUCAAAGCUGUUUAUCACAGUUAACUCAUGCUGUGUGCCUUCACCCAUCUGGCUUUUGCUUCUAAGUGUGAACAACUCACUAUUUAAACUGCAAUGAACAGCAACUGCUACUAUAGAACUUAGUGUUGGAGUUUUUCUUCCUCUGCAAAAUAAUUGUGGCAUCUUAGAACUACCAUUUACUGCCUUUUUCCAGUAGUAAACUCACAUCUUUCAGCAGCAAUGUUAAAGCAGCUUAUCAGGCAGAAGAAGAGACAGAAGAAGUUUUAUAUUAAAAUUUUCAAGUUAAUUUCUUGGUGGCAAUGGCAGGAGUUGGCCUCAAGCUGCCCCCUGAGUGCACAUGGAACAUCCACCACCCCCUGGAGCAGCUCUACAGACCUGCACCUCAGAGUUCUUCAAGGCCUGCUGCUGGAAUGGAAAGUGGAAAUACAUUUAGCAGUGGAAAUACAUCAGUUGCUCCAAUUAAAUAAUGGAGUGUCAUGGGAAACAGUUAAUUUACAGCACUCAAAUUUAGAAGUACUCCAAGCAGCUACUACAUGCAAUGUUAAGUCAAUCUUGUGAUAAACAUUUACAGCCUAUUUAAUACAAAACAGAUGCAAAUCCUGGUGCACACUGGAGGAAAAAUUCAUUCACUUGUGAAAUCAUCUCUGCUGGUACAAAUUAAAAUUUUCCCUUUUGUGAUGAAGGUGUCAGUUGUCUAAGGAUCAGGGAGGCUCCCACUGCACACCCUGGUCCAUGUGCCUCCUAUCUCCUGGUUCUCACUGAGAUCUCAGACUGCAGGAACAAUCCUUAGUUUGCACUCAUCAAAAACCAAACCUGAGGGGGGAAAUGAGGUUCCUGCAGUACAGCUGUUGCUGAAAGCUUUCUGUGUAAGGCAAACUGUACAUGACCAGCUGGUGCAAACCUGUUUUGGAGCAAGCCACCAUUAUUAUUUUACAUGCAGGUAAACAGGUCUUGACCCUUGAAAAAUAUUUUUCUUUUUUUUUUUCCUAACUUGUUUUGAUUUAAUUAAGGUUUUUGAAUACUUAUGAGCCUAAAAUGGGAAAUUAAAUUAAUUGGAAAUUUGUACACAUCCUUGACUAUAGAAAAACCUUGAAGAAUUGUGCAGCCUUUUCUCCACUUGUCACUAAAAGAA